CGGUUCCCCUGAAACUGGCGCACAAAGUUUCAUUUCGCAUGUUUGGUUUUAGUCGGUAAUGUUGUAGGUCACUGGCACGCAGCUCGCCAGCUGGCUACCAUCCCUGUACAGUGGCGAAGAAAGGCGAGGCAAGAAUCUUCUUCAUCGACAUAGCCGGGCCCACUGGAUGUGUUACUGGGAGCAGGCUCCUAUGAUAUGCUAAUUGCAUAAUGUGCCUGCAACGAGAUGACUAAGCAUACAUAUCGUUCUGCGCCCGUGACGUCCGACGAACAUUAAACGCAUCUAUGUGCAUUUUCAUGUCGAUUGAUUACAUGCCGAAUGCAUAUGCCGAAUCAGGUCUAAAAUCCGACGGAAAGGUGCGGAUAGCAGGUGUGAGCGCGCAUAAAUUUAUUGUGAUAUAUAGUCCGUGUAUGAUAUACGAGGUGCUCCGUUGUACGUCCGUACUGUCAUCUACCGUCCGAAAUUGCUACGCAUUCUCAUCGUUGAUAGGUGAAAGCUCGCCAGGCAAUUGCGCGCGUUACACAUAGGCGCACACGUAUUUGCAUAUACUAACAAUGGGGGACUUCUCACGUGCAUGAGGGCUUAGCCAACCUUCCUGUUCAUAUUGUUUUCAUUGGAUAUUGCAUAAAGCGUGCAGUUCGCGGUUGACUGAGCACGCCCUGCCUGCGACGCGCAGCCGAUGUUAUUAUAGUGCAUAUCACAUCCGCGUUGUUUUAUUCACUGACUGCAUUACUGCACAGUACCGGCCUGCUGGCCAUUCGAAGCGUGCUAUCUCCACGGACGGCAGCCGCUACUGCCACGAUUGUCGAUUAUAAGCGCCGAGGAUCAAUCCAUGCCACGCAUUGAUAUUGAUAUAAUAACGCGGCAAUAUUGGAUAUCAUAUCAUCGAGACAUGCGCAGUGACGCGCUGUUUAUAAUAGCAUAGAAAUAUUGCGUGUGGAGUUGUGUGCAUUCGAGUCGGCGCCGUGAGCCGAGAGCACGGACCAACAUGACAAGACGCAAGCAGGCCAAGCCUCGCCACCUGGACAACGAUUUGGGCACCUCGCGUGUACUGGAGAACGGUUUUGGAACGGGGACAAACAGCUGUGGCGAAGAUGAGAGCGAAGGCAACGACGCUCACGUCUGCGGAAAAUGCAACGCGGAGUUCUUCGGUCUGUCGAACUUCCUGCAACACAAGAAGUCGUGCUCCCGCAAGAGACUGGUGCUAAUCCCCGACGACAGUGGACAGCUGCCUACCGAGGGCGCAUACGAGUCACAGACGGACCUCCUAAAGGACACCAGCGGUGACACCGACUCCAUGGACGCAGCUGAAGACAGCCAGUACGAGUGCGACUUCCGAUCAAAGACGCUGUCCGAUCUACCUCACGUGUUUUCGCAGUUUAAGUUGCUGCCCGACACGGCAAGCCUCGUUGUUGAGAGCAUGAAGAACACGAAAGUGGCCGUGGCGCAGUUCGCCGCCAACAACUUUCCGCCGUCGGAUCUGACAAAUCUCUACCAGACGCUCGACUCACUGCAGCAGCAUCAGCUGCUACAGCUUCAACUUCUACAGCAGCUGCAGGCCCAGCUUGGCGUGAUGCCCCCGCCCAGCAUGCCUCCCCUGACGCCCAUCUCUAGCAGCGUCACCAGCACAGGCAAUGUGACGAGCGCGAUGCGAGGGGGCACUGCCGUCGUCUCGACGCCCACCAGUGCAAUCGCAACACCUCUAGUGAGCAGCUUAGUGCCACUGUCGUCAACAGCAGAACGCUCGGCGGUGGGAAAGAAAGACAGCAAGCCGACUAGCGCCAGCUCAAGUCCCCCGCCGCCGUACAGCGCCAAUCAAACGUCAACCUCCCAGACGCCAACGACGUCUACCUCAGUGCUUCCACCGAGAUUGCCUGGUGCUUUAGAACUGUUAGCGCAAACGGCAGCCGGAGUAAUCCCCAGCGCAGGUCCUGGAGAUCGAAACAAUCUGAAUCCGUUUGAUAGGAAAACAGACGACCCAUUCUUGCGACGCCGCUGCGGUUACUGUGGUAAGGCCUUUGGGAGUGAAAGCGCCCUGCAGAUCCACCUUCGCUCGCACACCGGGGAGAGGCCGUUUAAAUGCAACAUCUGCGGCAGUCGCUUCACCACGAAGGGCAACUUGAAGGUUCACUUCCAGCGCCAUCGCGCCAGGUAUCCCCACAUACCCAUGAAUCCUCACCCUAUACCCGAAUAUUUGGACCGCAUCACGUCCGCCGCACCCAUAUUACCUCACAUGCCACCACUGUUUACAUCUCGGCACCUGCCUCUACCUCUGAUGGCCAACUUUCCUCACUUGCCAACUACCUCUUCCAUGCUUCCCCUCCCUCAACUCGCACUGCCUCCCUGCAGUUCUACAGGGUCGCAAAGGGAAACUUCGCCAAGGGAACUACUUGAAAUGGAUUCACUGGAGAGAAGCUCUGCUAGAGAGAAUGAUGCGUUCGAAAGAGGCAUGCCCCGAGAUGGCAAGUAUGGGCCACGCGAUGACUACAGCCCUGGAUCGCCGUUCACUGAAGAACAGCAGUCCGAAGAUGAAAACAGCAACGAUGCGCGAGUAGUUAUGGAGGCAAUCGAAUCUAUGGAGGCAGAGGAAAUGGGAGAGAUGGACGGAAAUUCGUCGGAGCCUCCAACUCCGGGCACUCCCGUCAGCUCUAGCAUGGCGAACUCGCAGCAGCUCGAGAGCAAACAGCCAGUGCAGAAGCCGCUCAGCGUGAACACGGACUACAACAGCGAAACCGCCGUCGCAGAGAUCAUCAGCCCGAGCAAGUUCGCAAGCGGCGACCUCGAAGAGUACAUGGAGGUGAACCGAACUCCGGAGACAUCCAAGUUGCAGCAGCUCGUCAACAACAUCGAGCAGAAGACGAUCGUCGAGCCGAACAAGUGCAUCGUCUGCAAUCGCGUGCUCAGCUGCAGGAGCUCGCUGAACAUGCACUACCGCACGCACACCGGCGAGAGGCCGUUCAAAUGUCGCAUCUGCUCGCGCGGUUUCACGACCAAGGGCAACCUGAAGACGCACAUGGGCGUGCAUCGCAUCCGACUACCCGGGCAGGUGCUGCACGACUGCCCCGUCUGUCACAGGCAGUUCAGUAACCAGAUCGUGCUGCAGCAGCACAUUCGCAUGCACACGAAGGGUCAGCCGAUGGACCUCGACAUGGAGGACGAAAUGUUCGACGACGACAUGAUGCUUGGUGACAGCCUGUACGGCGACAGCAUGGACAGCGCCUCCGACACGGCAGAGAUGCAGCACCUGCGAGCAUCUCCGCGCCAGCUCGCCCUCUUCGAGCAGCAGGAAUCGCGUGCUGAUUUCCAACAUUCCGACGAACCUCAAGCAGAGGACAAGAUCUCUGUCUCAUCUACCUCAGACAACCACAUCCACAGCAGCAACGAAAAGGACGAGCACAAAAUUUAUAAAGAGGACCCGGGCGAUCUCACCAAUGCACGUUCGCCAAGUGAGGGCUCUCUGCCCCCUAGCAGUGAGGGCUCACUCACGUGUGAGCUAGACCAGGGCAUUGCUAAAGAUCUACCAGCAUCUUGCCACCCAUCUGGGGGUGACAUUAAGUCUGAGAUGUUUGAUGGCAGUCCCGAGCGGCAUAAUGGAAAUCUUCCGAUGAUAAGGCCUCCUGGCGGCUCUGGAGAGAAUGGCGUUUUGGACUUAAGCACCAACCGCGACACAUGCAUUAUGACGCCUACUUGCCGUAUCUGCUUCAAGCAGGUGCACUCGCACAGUGAGCUCGCAAUCCACAUGCGCGUGCACGGCGUCGACAAGAGCUACAGAUGUGAGGUGUGCGAGCGCUCGUUCCUCAGCAGAGACAACCUCAAGCAGCACAUGUUAACGCACAAGAUUCGCGACCUGCCUCCGCAGGCGUUCACGUCGGGAUGCGAGAAGAAGGGCGGCGCCGCCGGCGACUACAUGGACGACCGCGAGCAGAUGGGCGCCCCCGUCACGUCAAGGCCGCCCAGCUCGCCGGGGCGUCUCACCGACUCGCGGCACCAAUGCCAGGUAUGCCUGAAGCACUUCAGCAGCAGCUCGGCCGUGCAGAUUCACAUGCGCACGCACACGGGCGAGAAGCCGUUCAAGUGCAACGUGUGCGGCAAGGCGUUCACGACGAAGGGCAACCUCAAGGUUCACAUGGGCACGCACAUGUGGAACAACACCUCGCGACGUGGCCGCCGCAUGUCGUUCGAUCGGCCGCUGCCAAGCCCUGUCGAUGCGGCCCGCAUGAUGAACAGCCUCGCUCGCGCCCCGCCGCCCGAGAAUCUCUUCUUUCCCUUCGCUACCUCCUUUACAAAUGGCCUGACACCAAAGAUGGGAGACGCUCCCAUGUUUCGCGGCCUAAGCAGAACCUCGCCUCCGGCGAUCACUGCUUCGGCGACCACGGGUUCCAGCCCGCCGUCGUCGAUGAUCGAUAUCAAGAGAGAGGUGCAGGUGAGGUCAUGCAGCCCCGAACGACCGUUUGGCGGCGAUGACAUGCCGAGGGUUCCGGGGAUGUGGCUAUGGAGCACGACGUGUAAAGUAUGCAACAAGGAGUGUAACACUCCCGCCGGAUUGUUCGCGCACGUGACGACCGAGCACAGCCUAGAUUCAGCUGUCACUGCUACCUCUGUUUGACGCUUACUACCUCCAGUUUAGCUUAGCGCAUUGGUGUUGUCGCAUAUUCGUUAGCUGCAAAUUGUAUCGAUCACAAGCUGCUGCAUUUGGUAUGCAUAUGAAGGGUGGCUUCAUUCAAUGGGGCGCGAGAGUGACUGGGCUGCUACAUACUGCUUCAAGGCGACAUGUGAUACACUGGAGUGAUGAUCACGCAGUGGUAGCUUCGAUCACUUAUGGCGGCCAGUGUAUGGUGCUCAAUCUCAGGUGUAAAGAUAAGAUGUCAAAAUGCAAUUUGUUUAGUGCAUGAUAGGGCGUGCUCUGCUUUGACGCUAUAUUAUAUUAUAUUAUAUCAACGAUUAACAGGAUUAGGGCAUUGCGUAACUUCACAGGUGCAUUUAUAAUGAAAGUGUAAGACUAAAUUCUAUCGCAUUAAGGCUUAGUAAUAUCAUGUAACUUGUGGCUGUGAGCCAUACUGUGUGUAAGUAACGUGCAGAGUCUCUGUUCGUAGCAUGGCUUUAAGACUUAUUGCUUAUAGCAUUACGCGUAAACAUUAACGGUGAAGUGUACGCUAACCUUCGAUGGUCUAUUGAUCUUUCUGCUAUUACUAACUAAUAUGUAACAUUGUCUCGAGAAGUAUGUGUGAUGUAAGCUUUAGUGAACUUGCAUGGCAAGCUUUCUCGGCUUAUUCGAAAUGGUUUAUUCAAUAUACGUAUAGCUACCAUCAAUUUAACACAGUAGCUUUAAUUUCGUCGAUAUUAUAUUUGAUUUUGUUUAGUUAAGAAUAUUUGUUUUACUUAUUUGUGUUGUACAUACUACUACAUAUUAUAUAUUAAGCUGUACAUGUGUUUUGAGUCUACUAGUUAAGAGCCUUUACAGUAUUUGUCUUCGUUAUUUUGGCCUCGGCUUACCUCAGGGUUCUCCCCGUGUCCUGUGUGCUGGGCUAGUGGGUGGCAUGCCAAUACGGGGUAUGUAAUAUAGCUUUGUGCCCCCUGCUGGCUCUACACACAGCACGCUAUUAGCUUAUAGCUCGAACAUCACUCUGUCGAACCAAAUGUAUCAUGAAUUCCUUCGUUUGCUUAUUCUUUUGUAGAAGCAUUCUGUCAUUGACGUAUAAUUCAGUUGAGGUAUACUCCCACGACGCGAAAUGUAAGGUACACUAUACAAUCAAAAGCUGUUGUUGUUCAUGUAUGUAUUUUAUGGUGUAUACUCUGAUGUGCGGUGUAAGAAAAUACGCUGGCGCGGUGUAAGCAGGUAAACGUUAUAAUGUGUAUUUUAGAGGACGCGGCUGUUAUGCGAACGCAAUAUCUCACUCCCGCGCAUGACCAGUUAUUAGACCCGUCUCGCAACGAUCAUAUCUGCAUCUGUUACAUUUUGCGGCGUGAUCGUGUAUUAAUUUCGACUUAAUCGAGAUUCCCUCGUGGCAAACAGUCGAUAACACAGAGACGAUGGAAACGAAGGCGCUUUGAAU